AUGGUGUACAAUCGCGUCUCUCGUGGCGUUCCUUGGGAACGGCCAUGGAGAUCCUUACGAUGGAAGUGCACGUAUAUAGUACGGGAACUGUCCCUGCAGGUGUGCAAUGUGGCUGCCGGUCCCAUGGCCAUGAACGCGGACCGUGUGAGCGCCAUGCAGCCUCUGCCGGCCUACUUCUACGCGGACGCCGGCCACAUGGCCGGCAGACGGCAAGUGUAUAGCACCGACGUCUUCGGAUACAUAUACGCUUUCGAUGAACAGGUGUGGAUGGCACUUGGAAUUGCGUUGUUGGCCACCGCAGUCGUCAUGGUCCUGUUCCAAAACAACUUCAAGCGCGUCGGUGCCGUCAGGAAGUUUGUCGAUUACGUAUUCCUACUCUUCGCGAUGCUCCUCACUAAGGGUCCGUCGCGAUGUCCGGACAACACGAGGGUGCUCAUCGGGGUCUGGUGGGUGGCCGUCAUCUUCACGACCACCACGUUCACGAGUUACAUGCAAGCCAGCAUGACCGUCAAGACGGAAAUGCCGCGCAUCGAAAGCGUCAAGGACUUCGUCAACAGACCCGACAUCUUGCCCGUCAUCAUUGACGGCAUGGCCUUCGACAUCAUUCUUAACACCUCGACCUUCCCCGAAGAUAACCAGCUGUGGCGGCGCAUCCAGAAGCUGCAGAGCCAGUGGUCCUUCAAACGUGUCUUCUCACAGGACACCUACGAAGACGUGUUGGACGGCAAGAAGGUCGUCUUCAUGGAGCAGUCUCUGUACCACUACGGCGUCCAGCUACUCUACCCCGAUGAACCACCCAAGGGACAGUUCUACUUCGGCAAGGAGAAGCGUGUCACGCUCCCUACCUCCAUGUACGUCAGCUACGACGCACCCCAGCGUGUCAAGAAAUCUCUGCACCGAAUGUCCCGCUGGAUCUGCGAGUCCGGCAUGAUCGACAUGCACCUCAACAACGUGCUUCUUAAGACCUGGAAGAUGCUCGACUUGCAGCAGCUCAGUGCCAACGCCCUAAGCGUGGACGACGUGUUCGGUUUGUUCGCUCUCUUGGCCAUCGGCAUGGCUCUGGCAGCGACGGCUCUCCUGGUCGAGUGCGUGCAGGUGGCCGUCCGGAAGCUUCGAAAGCCCAAGAUAACGACCCGCAUUGCGCUAUCUUACUAUCGUAGACGAAUAGCCUGUGCAUUGCUCAGAGAGCAUCUUUAG